GGUAAAAACGCGUUUUCGCGUUCUGUGAAGUAAAACCAACAUUCUUUUGCCGGUAGGAACAUUGGUUCUGCAACUAAACCAAUAGAACAGAAUAGAACAGAACAGAACAGAACCGAACGAUGGCAAUCGGCAGCAAGAAAUCGGCGAAGGGCUCGCGAAAGCGGAAGGCACCCUGGGCACCGGCACGGGAAUUGCCGAGCGACGGUGAUGAAUCGGAUAACCUAGCAAGCGAAGACGCUAAUGCCGGCAACGAUGGUAGCGUGCAUAAUAGUGACGAGGAUAAGGAGGGUAGAGACGAAAGCGACACAUCGGGAGAGGACGGUGAAAGAAUAGCAGCCAGCCGAGCGUCCCACAAGAGGGUGAAGCCGUUGGCGAAGAAGAGCGUGGCCGGUAUCAUCUACAUAUCCUCCGUUCCGAAGCACAUGAACGUAACCAUUCUGCGGGAGCUGCUGGAUCCGUACGGUGAAGUUGGGCGCAUAUACAUGCAACCGGCACGGAAAGGCAACACGGUGCGCAAACGGACGGCGAAGGGCAAACGAGCGAUGCUGCAGUACACGGAGGCAUGGGUGGAGUUUGCGCGGCGGCGGAUCGCGAAAGCCGUCGUCCAGCUGCUGAACGCGAAACCGAUCAGCACCAGCCGCAAGUCCGUGUUUUGCGACAUCCUGUGGAGCAUGAAGUACCUGCCGCACUUCCAGUGGAUGCAGCUGAGCGAACGGCUGGCCUACGAGAAAGCCGUCGCCCGCCAGAAGCUGCGCACCGAGGUGGCCCAAGCCCGCAAGGAGGCAUCAUACUUUCAGUCCAAUCUCGAUCGCAGCGAGGCCUCCCGCAGGCGGGCGACAGCACCAGCGUCAUCCUCAUCAUCAUCGUCGAAAGGCAAAGUGUCCAAGGACACGUAAUCCUCGUCCGCUCCCUGUUCGCCGUAUUUUGUGGUUUUGUUUGAUAUUUUUAUUACGUUUAUUUGAUAGAGCAUUUACAUAUCCGGCCGUUUUGCCGGAGCGCGGCUACGGAACGCAUCUGGCAUGUGGCCAAUACAAGUACAAGUUUGUGAUUCCAACCGAAUGGCACAGGCUUAUCUGGGUUUUAGCCUCUCCUAAUUGUGAAUUCUGCCUGAAGUUGGUGCGCGGUCUAAAAAGAAAUUGGCUAUAUACAGUGUUAUUUGAAUAAAAUCGAAAUCUAAAUAAAAAAACACUAUCUCUGGCCAAGUCAGCUCGUCGCGGAUGAUGUGGACAUGGUUGCAUGUUCUCGAAUGUUAGCAGCACUUUUCCGACUGCUCGAAUGUUGUUCAACAACGGGCAGUAUCGUGGAAUACGCUUCUAGUCGAAUUCGCGUCGAGUUGACUCAUAAGGCACAG